AUGGCCGUAUGGUGGAUCAAGCUGACAGAGCAUGGAGGAAAGAACAGACAGAGUGAAAGACUGUACCAUCAAAUCCUCAGAGGCUGCUGUUGUGAACUCAGAGGCAUUGGAGGAUGGCCCGUUCCAUUGUUGGAUGGGGGAGUUGCAGAGGAAGAGGAGGGUGAGGAUGGAGAGGACUCGGAGGAGGAGGGGGAUUGUGGAGACGAUGCAGAGAGUGAAGACGGUGAAGGGAGAUCAGUGCGGAAGUCACAAGCCAAACAGCCGAAGCUUGCAGCUGCAGCUCUUUGUGUCGGCAUUGGCAGUUUCUGCGAACCAGAUGACAUACCAGGACUCGCCCACUUCCUAGAACACAUGGUCUUCAUGGGAAGUGAGAAGUACCCGGAUGAGAAUUCCUUUGAUGCCUUUGUUAGGACACACGGGGGCUCCGACAAUGCUUCAACUGACUGUGAACGGACGACCUUCAUCUUUGAAGUUCACCAGAAGAGCUUCCAUGAGGGGCUGAUGCGUUUUGCCCAGUUCUUCACGGCACCUCUGUUGAAAGCCAGCAGCACGGACAGGGAGCUUGAGGCAGUCGACAGUGAAUUCCAGAUGAGUUUGCCAAGCGAUUACCACCGCAAGCUACAACUGAUCGGCGCCAUGUCCAGAGAGGGUCACCCAAUGGGGAAGUUCAUGUGGGGUAAUUCCACCACCCUAAAGACGCAGCCGUCUGCCAGAAAUAUUGAUGUCCAGCAGCGUUUAAUCGAGUUCAGGAAACGAGUCUACUCAGCCCAGUAUAUGACUCUAGCUGUCCAGUCAAGAGAGACUCUAGACAUUUUAGAAGAAUGGAUCAGAGAAACCUUUUCAGACAUUCCAAAUAAUGGACAGGAGAGACCAUCUUCUGAAAGUUGUGGAGAACCAUUUUCGUUGGAGACGUUCCACAAAUUGUAUAAAGUUGUGCCUGUUCAGAAGGCCCACAUGCUGGACAUCACAUGGUCAAUGCCCAAUCAGAGACAGCACUAUAGAUGUAAACCCCUGAACUACCUGUCUUGGUUGAUUGGACACGAGGGGCAUGGAAGCAUCCUGGCUCUUCUGAAAAAGAGGGCACUUGCGCUUAUCCUCUUCAGUGGAAACGCAGAGACAGGCUUUGAGCACAACGGCACCCACGCCAUGUUCUCAAUAUCCAUCACGCUGACUGACCAGGGUUUCACCCAAGUGGAAGAGGUGUUGGCUAUCGUUUUCCAGUACAUCAAGAUGCUGCAGGCUAUCGGACCUCAAGAAAGGAUAUUUCAGGAAAUCAAAACGAUUGAUGAUAACGACUUCCGAUUUAAGGAGGAGACUGAACCCAUCGAGUAUGUUGAGACAGUAGCAGAGAGCAUGCAGCUGUACCCACCCCAGGAGUACCUCACCGGACCUCUAUUGGAGACAGAGUAUAACCCAGAAGCCAUUACCUUCUGCACAGACUACCUCCAAGUGGACAAUGCAAACUUCAUGUUGCUCUCGAAGCACUUUGAAGGCCAGUGUGACAGGAAGGAGCCGUGGUACCAGACCGAUUACCGGAUAGAAGACGUCCCCAAGGAAUGGAAUGACCUCAUUCAGAAUUUGGACAUGAAUCCCGAGCUGCAUAUACCAGAACCGAAUAUAUUCAUCGCAACAAAUUUUGACCUCAAGACACCAGACGUGCCAGACAGCGAUUACCCAGAAUGCAUCUUGGAUGGUGAGCAGAGCAAGCUGUGGUACAAGCGAGACACCAAGUUCAACACUCCCCGAGGUUACAUCAUCUUCCAUUUGGUCACGCCCCUCGUCUAUGCCUCUCCAGAGAACCUGGUCCUCUUUGACUUCCUGGCCUCUAUCUUGGAGCACAACCUGUCGGAGAUUGGCUAUGAGGCCGACGCAGCUCAGCUAGAGUACCGCUUCAAGACUGAAGAGACAGGCCUGGUUAUGAAGAUGUACGGCUUCAACCACAAGCUGCCACUCUUGUUUGACACGAUAGUGGACUACAUAGCCAACUUCUCAGUAACACAGGACCUGUUUGAUGCAGUGAAGGAAUCCAUGAUCAAAUCUUACUACAAUCACGUCAUCAAGCCAGGAAAGCUCAACAACGACGUGAGGCUGUUGAUCCUUCAACAAGUCAAGUGGACGCCUGUGGAGAAGCGUGCGGUAGUCAACGCAGUGACUCGAGACCAGGUCUUGGAGUUUGCUCUGAGAUUCAAAGAGAUGUUGUUCAUUGAGGGCCUGGUACAAGGCAACCUCACCGCCGAGGAAGCCCUGGGCUUUGAGGAGUCCCUUCGCACCAAACUGGGCUGCACCCCCCUGCCCAAAGUGCAGCUGCCCAAGACCCGAGUCGUCCGGCUGCCCCGCGGAGUUCACGUGUGCAAGGUCAAAGGUUUCAACGAGGAGGAUGCCAAUUCGGUGGUGACCAACUACUACCAGUCUGGUCCCGGAACGAUCAGACAGCUUAGCAUCAUCGAUGUGCUAGUGACAAUGAUGGAAGAACCGUGCUUUGACGUUUUGAGGACCCAAGAGCAACUAGGCUACAGCGUGUAUCCAACAUGUCGCAACAGUUUUGGCAUCGUUGGGUUCUCAGUAACCGUGGCAACACAAGCUACUAAAUUCAGUGUCUCUCACGUUGAAGAGCGCAUCGACCUGUUCCUUGAGAGCUUCCUGGAUAAGAUGGCCACCCCUGAUGUCGAGAAUAACUUCAAGACUCAUGUGGAGUCCCUGAUCACCUUGAAGCAGUGCGCCGAUAACCACCUGGGGGAGGAGGUUGACCGUAACUGGUGGGAGGUCCUCAACCACACCUACCUCUUCGAUCGACUCAAACGAGAGAUUGAAGCACUACAUAGCAUCUCGCUACAGGAGGCACGGGAGUUUCUCACAGAGCACAUCAGGGGAGGGACUCACUUCCAGAAACUCAGUACUCAGGUCGUUGGGGUGGGGAAAGAAGAGGAGCACAAUCAGAGCGUCAUGGCAACGGAUACCGUGACGACAGUCGAUGGUGUCGACAAUGGGGCCGAAGAGACAAACACCAGAACAGGUCUGGUGUUCCUGCCCCUCGACGAGGCAGAUGGAAGGAGAGCUGUAGAUGCAAUAGAAGCCUUCAAAGCUGGCCUGGCCGUCUAUCCAAUCACAAAGAUAGAUCAUUGACAGAGACGGGUAUUUGACGGAGACGGGUAUGUAGACCACUUGGCUUCAUCUUAAUCUUAAUUUAAAUGCUGAAAGUUUUCUAAAAUAUGUUAGGACUUAAGAUUAGAGCAUUGUCUAAUGAAUUUUGUGGCAAAUGUGUAUGCUAUUGCUAACCUCUGCAUUUUGAAGAUGAAAGGUUAAAUAUUUUUUUAUGAAUUAUUGGUAUUAAACACAGGUGCUUGAUAAAGUUUGGCCAGUUUCCAAAUAGUUAUGACAUCAGUCACGCCAUAAAAUGACAUAGAUGGCAUUUUUCAAGUUUAACCCUUCAUAAAAUGAGGAAGUGUACACAAGACUGUUGGGGCAAGAUAUGUUAGUUCAUAGUGUGAUAGGUAUACACAAUAUGUCACUUGCGACCAGUGAUUGCCGACGAAAUCACCUUUGUGGAAUACAGCAAAGAUUCUUGACUUCAUCAAGAAUUAAGUGCACACCCUUUCUCCUCUAUAUAGCGAAAUAGACAGAACGAACUCAGAAAUGUCCAUCUCAAAAUCUUUCUAUAUUCAGUUCAGGGCUUUAUUCCACACACACAGUCACCACCAUGCAGGAGUAUUUUAUAUUUUUUUUAACAAAAACCAAGAAAAUGAAACAGAAAACAAUAAUUUGAAAUUGAAAUGAAGGGAGUCUAGAGGUAAACCUAUCGACUCUGCACAAUUUUUAAAAAUUCCAUUCCACAGUAAUUUAUAACAUUUCAAUCUUUGUAAUUUAGAUUUCGCUUUUUUGUCAGUAUUUAUUAAAACAGUUUUCCCAGAGGCAACGGUUAUACAAUACUGAAAACAGUUUUGGUGAGGGCAACCUCUAUACAUAAAUAUGGUCGCCAUAAAAGCAAAAUUCCAUUGUUCACAUUUCAUACAACUUUCAUCUGUCUGUUUUUAGGUGUAGGUGCAAUAAUGGAUAACUUAUUGACAGCCAAGAUAAACAUGUGCAUAGGAGAAUAUGUAUCAGGUUUAAAAAAAAAAAUCCACUCAGAAGAGUGAAAACUUACGAAUGAGA